GGGAAUCCAGAAAGGAUACUAGGAAAGGGUGGCCAGAGUAGAAGGAAACCAGGUCAGGUUCUUGUCAGAGAAGCCUGCAGAAAAGAGCAUUUUAAGGAGGGGAGGUGUGCAUACUGUAAGACACUAGAGAGGUCAAGUAAGGACCUGAAGAAUGUCCAUUGGACUUAACAGGUUGUUCCUCUUUUUUGGCUAACGUGGUAGUGGAUUAGUCCCCUGCUACCAUCUCUCCCCCCUAGUUAACUAUGUUGCUUUCUUUGAACUUUCAUUUUCCUACAUUAUAUAAGGUUUUCAAAGCCACAUACUGAGUUUACGUUGAAGAUAGUCCAGCUUGCAAAACACAGUGUUGCUUGUCUUACCCUCCAUCAGGCUGAAAAACUACUUACAAGAUCCCUAAUUACAAAGUCGCAACUUUACAACAAUUAAAAUGUCAUGUAUAGUUUACCCAUAAGAAAGCUGAAGUAGUACUAGUAGUAAGACUAAGCCCCGAUCCUCCUAAAAAUUCUGCAUCCUCCUGAACUUUGACCCUCUUUGUCUUUUCUUGGGGCAUGUACGUGUGUAUUUUGGGAGGCCCAGAGAGAGAGGGAAAAAGGGAAAGCUGAAGAAGUCUCUGGCAAAUGCUAACAUUCAGGGUAGCAAGGGAAAAUACGGCUAAUGAUUUUACUAAAUCCAACAGCAACCUCAGGCAUAAUCAAGGAGAGUUACUGGGGAGCUGUGCCAGUGGGAGUGGAAGAGGGAGGCAUUGAAGGAUGACCCUAGCAGGAGUGAACUCCAGACAGGGAACAUGGGACUGCUGGUGGUGGUGGCAUCAGAAGCCAGGGAACAUUCUCGUGGUUCAAAAGCUAGGGGCAGCUAUCAUUCCAGUGUAUGGUACCGAUCGUUUCCAGUUGAAAUCUCCCUCACACAUAUUUUACAGCACUCGUCAUUCUUGAAAUUAUUUAAUACUUGUUUUCCCCAAAAGACUGUAAAUCUCAGAAAGGUACUACAUCUGCUUUGUUUAUCAUUGAAUCCUGGCAUAUAACACAGUGCCUAGCCCAUAAUAAGUGUUCAAUAAAUUACCUGUUGACUACUUGACUUAUACUUGUGACUAAUGGUAUGUAUGCAAUUUUAUUAUCUCAUUCCUACUUGAGUCAUUUCCUUCCUCUAGUACAGGGAACAUUUUUACUUUUCCCCUCCAGAUUUGGAGACCAGAAGGUCAAACCCAAAGGAGGUAUUUUCUGGAAAAGAAUCAUACCAGGGGAUAAAUAUGGAGAAAAGCACAGGGGCUGAUGUUCCUUCCAGUUUGAAGGAAGCCUGGGGAUAUGCAGAGAUCAAAGAGGAUGCUCAAGAUAGACUCGGGAAAGAAGCAACAGUUCUCUUCAAGAAAAGAACUUCUGCGGCCGAUAGUAACCCCAAAUGUAUUGAAUCUGGCAGACAUGUUAGUCUGAAGUCAGACUUUGUUAUACAAUCAAGACACCCCGAAGAAGAGAGACCUUAUACAUCUGAUGCUCAGGGAAAGAGCUUUAAACAGAAUUCAAAAUUAAUAAGACAUCAGAAAAAGAGCAUAAAUGAGAAAGCUCUUCAGGGUAAUGUAUGUAGUAAAAUACUCCGUGAUCAUUCAGUUUAUGUUCAACAUUGUACAGUUCAUAAAGGAGAAAAAAUUGUGGAACGUAAUCAGUAUGGGAAGACCUUUGGUCAUGGUAUACACCGCACGGAACAUCAGAAAAAUAAUACUGGAGAGAAGACUUAUGAAGAUAGGAAAGUCUACACCUGGAACUCACACCUUGCCAAGCAUCAUCAGAGCGUUCAUGGUGGGAAGGUACAUGAAAGAGCCUUAAUUCAGAAUGCACUAUUUAUUCCGCAUCAGAGAUCUGAACAUGGAGAGAAACCUUAUGAAUGUAGUGAAUGUGGAAAAACUUUUGGGAAUUACUCAGCCCUUACAGUACAUCAGAGAAUUCACACUGGAGAGAAACCCUAUGCAUGCAAGGAAUGUGGGAAAGCCUUUAAUCAUAACGUCUCUCUUAUUCAACACCAGAGAAUCCAUACUGGAGAGAAACCCCAUGAAUGUAGUGAAUGCGGGAAGGCUUUUAGUCAGAUAACGCACUUUAUUCAACAUCAGCGAAUUCACACCGGUGAGAAACCUUAUGAAUGUAACGAAUGCGGUAAAGCCUUCAGUCACAACUCAUCCCGUAUUGAACAUCAGUUUAUUCAUACUGGAGAGAAGCCCUACGAAUGCAGCGAAUGUGGGAAAGCCUUUAGUCACAACUCUUCCCUAAUGGUCCAUCAGUUUAUUCACACUGGAGAGAAACCCUAUGAUAGUAGCGAGUGUGGCAAGGUCUUUAGUCAGAGCUCACACCUCUAUCAACAUCAGAGAACUCACACUGGAGAGAAACCGUACGCCUGUAAGGACUGCGGGAAACCCUUCAGUGAUCGAUCAGCCCUUAUUCGACACCAGAGAACUCAUACUGGAGAAAAACCCUACAAGUGCAGAGAAUGCGGUAAAGCUUUCAGCCAGAGCUCGACGCUCAUAAAACACACAAAAACCCACACUGGAGAGAAACCGUAUGCCUGUAAAGACUGUGGGAAAGCCUUCAGCCAGAGUUCAUCCCUGACACAACAUCAGAAGAUUCACACUGGAGAAAAACCGUUUGAUUGUCACGAGUGUGGGAAAGCCUUCAGCAGGAGUGCCCAUCUUACUCAGCACAGAGGAUUCACACCGGAGAGAAACCCUGUGGGUGUAAUGAAUGUGGCAGAGCUUUCAGGUGUAGUUCAGCCCUCAUUAGGCAUCAGAGGCUUCACAGUGGAGAAUCACUCUGAAUGUCUGGUCAUUCAGACCCGUCACUUUGUUAAAUACCAAAGAAUCCUACCUUCAUGAGUUACUAUUAAUUGUGAUCCCCCCCCUUUUUUUUUUAGGCCUAAGAAUCCUUGCCUCCCAUUUUCUCCUGCAAAGAAUUAGCUUCCAGCAUACCACAAAUCCAUGUGAAAAAGUACUGAUCUGGAAGCUGGAAUAGCCCGAGAGCAACCAUCAGUCUUUCUGCAUGUGUAUUUUCAUCGUGCCUGAAGAUGACUGAUGUCACCAUGAAGUGAUUUUUUUUCCUAACCCCAGGAUUGGGCUAUUCCAACGUGCAAAGGAAUUCCGGUUCUUUAAACUUGAGCUCAUUGCCCCUCUUUGUACUGAUUGGAAUACCGCCCAUGUCCAAGUUAAAUAGACUCAUGGCUCACCACUGAAAGUGAUUUUGUUUCUCCAAAGAAUUGAGAGGCACAGCCAAUACAUUUACAUUUAUGUAUUACUUUAUUCCUCUCCAUGAAUGUUUCUACUCAAUUGGCCAGAGUUGAUUAUAUCAGAAGAUAUGCCAAUUCAUUCUAGUAGGAAGGUUGCUAUGAUACAGCAUCAUGGAGAACUGGGAAAUAUUCUAUUUCAUCUAGGUAAAAAAAAAAAAAAAAAAUCCAUUUCCCCAAAUAAACCCAGCCUUAGGUAUCCAUAGCAUUGCCUCAGUUUGUAAGGCAGACCUCAUUUAAAUCUCUUCUUUAGUAAAUGUAAGAAAGGAAAGCUACCUGGCUUUUCCCUUUAUCCUAGAAAUGCAACUCAAUAGGUAGGCAUUGAUAUUCCAUUCCUUUCCUUUUAUAAGCAUAAAGUAAGGCAGAAUUCAGUGUAUAAUUUGUUUUUUCUUUGUAUUUUAGUUCUUCCCAGAUCCUUUCCAGAGGAUUUCCAUGACAGUAAUAGCUAAUACUUGUAGUAAAGGUUUAUUCCAUGCUAGACACUGUUCAGGCACCUUUGUAUGCAUCAACUCAUUCAUUUCUUCCAACAAUGCCCUUAAAUAUCCCUAUUUUGUAGAGGAGGCCACUAGGACUCAGAAAGGCAAAGUCCCUGGCUGACCUGGAAACAGUGUGGGGCUGAGAUUUAAACUCGGGGAGUCCGGCUCAAGAGUCCUUGUUCUUAACCUUUUUACUCUACUGCCUCUCUGCACAUGUGUAUAUGUACGUGUGGCCGAGAUAAGGAUUGAGGAAGGCUACUGAGCGGGCCAGUCACCAGGGCGCAAUGGAACCACUUGUUAGGGAUGAUAGAAGCAUCAGGGACUGAUGGGAUUACGCAUGUCCGAACUUGGCUUUUCUCCCCACUGUACAAUCUGGGAGCCUUCAGGAGGACAAUAUGCCAAGAGUAGACACUUCUGUAUUGACUUAGAGCUCGGAGUUAGAGCACUCUUCACAUUAAGACACCAUCCAAAAGGAGCCUUGUUGGAUGGGGCAGCAUCGUCUGGGAUUUGUUCCUGUGUAGGCUCCAAAGGAAAGAUUUCCGGAUAAGAGAUGCCUCUUCUAAUAUAAUCCAGGUUACCGUGUCUACUUAGGCAACUGCUAUAAAUGUAAUAAGGUAUUAAAUAGCAUAUAGGAAUGUCAGAGUGGUUUUCCUUGGACAGAACAGCCCAACUAUACUUAC